UUGUACACGUGGAUUUCGAAGCGAACACGCCCUACAUUCAAUCGCAGUUUUUUCUACCUAAUCUUACGAAGGGUAAAUGUAGUAGUCGAAAUAGGGAGUGAUUUGUCUUCUGAAUAAGUUGUUAUUUUCGACGUUGGUGUGAAUGCGCUGAGACCCUUUCCCUCUACACUGAAAAUGGCGCGAAUGAUAUAUUUUGCUAUACUCGUGAUCGUCUGCGCAGUGUCGGUGUCUUCAUCACCAGCAGAAGUAGAGCUGACCAAAGAGAAGGUAGGGUACCAGUCCGAGACAGGUUGGAAAUCACUUCAGCCAGGCAAUAACCGUAUGGGUCUAUCCCCGCAAUCGAUAAGAGAAAAAGGUCGUAUGUUAUUCUCCAGCUUCCGUCAGAGAUCCAAAACCUUACUAACGAUGAAACUUGAAGAAUGGAAGUCUGCUGGCAGGCUUGAAGAGAAUGAAGAUGUUGCGGAAAGAUAUCGUCAUGUUGAGAAGGAAGCCGAAUAUGAAAUCAAACAGCGCAUCGUCGAUGCAAUGAAUGGAGAUGAACCCGUAGUUGAUCCCGAUAUCCCCCGUCAAUCCGAGGAGAUCACUGCUUUAUUCAUGAGGGCGCUCUUUGCUUCAACGUAUGCCGAGCAGACAAGUAAAGAAGAUGACAUGAUGCGAAUACUCAAAAACAUUUUAGAAAACGAAGAGCAUUGAAUCAUUGAAAAGAUCAUUGAAAGUACUACACGUAUUUGAAUACAAUGAGCUUUUAUUUUUUAUAAUCAGAGUGACAAACUUAGACUUUAGAAAUAGUAAUCAGAGUGUCGUAGAAAAAAAUAUUGAAAUACAGCGUGCAAAAAUAAGUGGUGUCCAUUUUAAAAAUAGCGAAGAAAAUUCCAUUAACCGUUUGUAAUUGCCAUUUUAUGCGUAAACCUUGAUCAUAAAUUAUCGAACUUAUAUGAAAAGUCGAGCCGAGUUGAGUUGAAUAUUCACUCUAAUUAAACCUGCCAAAAUCAUGGAGUUAAUAAGUAUGUUGCAAUACAAAUGAUACAAAAAUAAGAGCUGUUUAUUUACA